ACGAGGGUGGUGCAGGCUGGGCCUCCAUGCUGCCCUUCGGUGGAGGAACGGGCAGCCCUCGGUGACAUCGAGCUCCCUCCUGCCCCAUGCAGUUCUGGUGUGUCACGUAACAAGAACGUGGUCGCUUUUAGGGACAUGUCUGAAAAACUAAGAAGAUGCAGAAAGGAGCUGACUGCGGCCAUUGACCGGGCCUUGGAAGGGCUCAGGCGUUCCCAGGAGCCCAGCCUGGCUCCCGGUUCCCUGCCUGGGCACACGCUGCUGCGCGGGGCUAGGGAGAGCCCGGCCUGCGCGCCGCCCUGCGGGCUGGUGGGCCCCAAGCCGCAGCCUUCGUGCCCUCGGAGAAAACCUCUGAGCAGCAAGGAGAAUGUGCUGAUGCCCCCCUCGGUCUGGAGAGCUGCGGGAGACGGGGAGAACUGGAAGGAAAAAGGCUUGAGAGGCUGUAAUUCUCCACCUUUUCCCCUCCCCUACUUGGGGGGCUGCAGGAAAGAUAUGGAGGGAGAGGUCAAAGUUGACUCAAACGUGCUCCUCAGCAGCUGUAGCCAAGAAGUCACAAAGGAUCUACUUGAUAUGAUCGACCAUACAAGCAUCCGAACUAUUGAAGAAUUGGCUGGAAAACUAGAAUUUGAAAAUGAAUUGAACCGUGUGUGUGGUCACUGCCAAGAGUCACCCUUCCAGGAGGAGGCGUGGGCCCUGCUUCUGGACGAGAGUCCUCUGAAAGCCUUGGAUACUGAUCCUGGCAGCGUCAAGCAGGCUUUUGAUGAUCAGAGUAUCAUUGAGACCGUUCUGGACUUGGAAGAGGACUAUAACUUAAUGACCUAUUUUAAGUACCAAACUGAGUAAGGAAAGUUGAGUUUAGCUUUGAUUCUUUACAGCAGGGGGCUUCUACCAUGGAGCCUGUGCAGAAGCAGCCACAGUGGUCACCAAUGGCCAUGAUUUUCUGAGGAUUGGUGGAACCUGAAUCCACAAGCUCUUUUUCACUUUGUUAUUUGUGUUCUUUCAGCUAAGAGCCCAGUCUUUGUAUUGUUGUUUUGAAAUGUUUCUUACUAUUAAUCGUUUGACUUUUAUUGACAUUUUG